GGUUCAUCGUGGGGCUGGCUCUGGAUGUGCCAGGAGCUCCUUCGAGGCCUGGGGCUGCCGGACCCACCUCUGCUGCCCGCAAGGGCCAGGUCGCAGGGAACAGGGCUGGGGGAGAUGCGGAGCUGGGUGCAAUGCUGCUGCUGUCCCCGAGCAAGUGGGUAGAGCCCAGAUGUUACGGUCCUGCUGUAUCCAGGGGGGUCGCACCCCACCCCUGAUGUCCCCCUUCUCCAAGCACUGCGGACCACCCUGCUGGUGCCCCAGGCUACCUGAGCUGCAUGGGGGGGUGUCACACGCUGCAGUCCAGAGGUGUUGGGCAGGGUGGGGGGUCCGCAGCUGCCCAGGUCACCCAGCCUUGACCAUGGAGACGGUCACCUGCCAGCCAUUGUGACAUCGCAGCUCCAGGGCAGCGGGGCCAGGUGGGGGGCACCCCACAGCUCCAGGCCUGUCUCCAAGCAUGGUAGGCUCGGAGCAGAGGGACGAGAGCGACGUGGCCCUGGCCGCCGGGGGCGGCCUGAUGCCGCGAUGAGGGUCCGCACGGCUGGGGCAGAGGGCGAUGCCGCCCGCGGGGGAGAGACAGCCCUGGAGGUGGAGGGGGGGCUGCUGUGCCAGCUCCUGCGGUCUCCGGACUACAACCUCUUCCCCCGGUCGGCCGUGUUCGAGAGCAACUUCAUCCAGGUGACCAAGCAGGGAAACUGGGUGGACAUCCACAACUGCCCCACGGCUGUGACACUGGGCGUGACGUCCUCUGACCCCUGCUUGCCGCUGCCCAACGUGCUGCUCAUGGCCCGGUGGGAGGAUGCACCCCAGGGGCCGCUGGAGGAGACCCCCGUGGCACUCAGCAGGCUGCUGCCCCUGCGCUACGUGCGGCUGUCGGUGCAGGACGCGACGCGGCGGCUGCUGCGGCUGCAGGUGGCCACAGGCCCCGUGUACUACCUGUGCCUGCGGCCUGAGCACCCCGACGCCGUCUUCCGGCUCUGGGGCCGCCUGGCCGCCAUCCUGCGCCACGGCCUCUCCAUCACCUGCAAGGACCCCGCCGUGCACCUGUCCCACAGCCUCGUACCCAGCCCUGCCGGCUCCUCCAGCAGCUCCGAGCCAGCACCUGAGCUUCAGACGCCCGCCGGUGCCCGCCUGGGCAGGAGGCUGUCGCGGCUGUCCAGGAUGGCACUGGGCCGAGCGGCAGAGGACAGCCUGGUCUGGAGAAGGCUGUCCUCCUUCUGGACUCUCGCCACUGAGGCCAAACCUCCAGCCAGGGACGAGGCCCCAGGUGCCCCUGGCCCCCCAGGAGGGAAGCUGAUGGUGUGUGAGAGAUGCCUGGGGCAGCUCCUGGAGCCUGACCCAAGCUAUGCGGGUGAGGAGGCCAAACCGAAGGGUGAGACCACACGCCACGGGCUCUGGGAGCGUGAGACUCCAUCCGGGCUCCUGCCGCUGUCCCGGCUCAGCAGCCUCAUCGCCGUGGGCCAGCGGUAGUGGACGGGCCUCGGCUCCGGGCAGUCCGGCUGGGGUUAGCACAAGGACUGGGCUGACGUGGCAGCAGCUAAGACUUGUAGCUCCUGUCUGAGAAUCCCGAGCAUCAUAAAUAUAUCGCGGCAGGGGAAGGACCUUCAGGCCAGCAGCUUUGGGUU